UGGCGGUGAAAUCUUCCGUGCAACGAGUUCCUCGCCGCGGGAAACCUCUGGCAUGCCGAGCGUGUUCCCGUACGGCAGUGGCGUUGGCGAUGGGGAUGGCAGCGGGUUCUCCAGCGGCGCCCGGGGCUCGGUGACGGAUGCCAUGGCGGUGCCGACACGGCCUGGCCGGGCGCUGACCGUGUUCUUCAGCCUGCGGGUCACCAACAUGGCGUUCUCCGCCGAUCUGUUCAACAAGAGCUCGCUGGAGUACAAAACCCUGGAGCAACGCUUCCAGCAGCUGCUGGUCCCGUACCUGGAGUCCAACCUGAACAGCUUCCAGAACCUGGAGAUCCUGAACUUCAGGAACGGCAGCGUGGUCGUCAACAGCAGGAUGCGUUUCGGCCGCCCGCCCCCCCGCGGCGUCACCGACGUCGUCUACCUCGUCCUGGAAGACCUCGCAGACACCGCCUUCCACACCAUGAACAUCAGCAUCGACAAGUACUCGCUGGACGUCCAAUCAGGUGAGCGUGCCGACCCAUGUAAGUUCCAGAUGUGUAACGCGGCCUCCAGCUGUGUGGUGAACCGCUGGUCUGGCGAGGCGGAGUGUGUGUGCGCGGCGGGCUACGUGAGCGUGGACGGCCUGCCGUGUCAGAGCGUCUGCGACGUGCAGCCGAACUUCUGCCACAACGACGGGAAGUGUGACGUCAUCGAAGGCAAGGGCGCCAUCUGCAGGUGUCGUGUGGGAGAGAACUGGUGGUACCGUGGUGAGCGCUGCGAGGAGUAUGUUUCGGAGACUCUGGUGGUCGGCAUCGCCGUUGCCUCGGUGAUGGGGUUCCUGGUGGUGACGGCGGCCAUCGUCUUCUUCCUGGCGAGGACGCUGAGAGAGCAGUACGACACCGAGGACUCAGAGGACCCGCUACGAUGGGGCAACAGUGUGCCGACGCUGGAGCGGGCCGUUAAGUUCAACCCCGUGUUCGAGAGCGAGCCGGUCUCCGUCCAGUCCUACCGUCGCUAUGACGACGAUGAGCUGAGCCGGAACGGCGGCGGCCACAGAGCGUUCGCCAGCGAUGAGAUACGACACAUCUACGAAGACAAAACGCUCUCCCAACAGGAGAUGGAGGAGCGUCUGAGGAUCAUCCAGCUAUGUUCCACAGAUCAACAUUUUGCAGAUUUUGUGCGACAGACUCAAGCAUGCCUGGAGAGGAGAGCGAGCACCAACACAUAGCGACUACUUCAGAAAGCUGCCUUCGUCUCUGAUUGGUUCGGCCACCUCGCUGAGCCUGUGACGUCACUUGUUUCCGGUUGUCUCCAUGGCGACUGGACCGUUUUAAAGCCACCACUCAGCUGCUUAACUAACCUCAAUGUUUACAUUUCUCAACCAAUGCUGGACUGUUCCCAGAUCAUCUGUCUCCUAGCAACAAACUCCACAAACAACAACAGGGUUUUUUUCCGCUUUCCGUAACUUUUCUAUUUCCUGUAACGCUGCCUCCGUUUGUCGCCAUGGAAACCCAAAUACAAGCUGCUUCCUGCAGCGCGAGUUAGUCACUU